UAAGCCCGUUGGCUUACCUGAGUUCCCAUAAUCAGCGCUCAGCAUAAAUACUCUCCGAGGUAAUGAAGCGUGAGCUUUCAUUAUCACUACCUUUCGGCGUGGACGACAGUCUUGACCUACUUACAAAAAAUCAUGUUUCCAAUUUCAUCCGAACUCAUAUUCAAAGUUGCCUUGCGCAGUGAGGCGUUACUCACUUUGCCUCGCUGGAACAAAGGGACAGCCUUCACGAAAGAAGAGCGCAAAAGUUUUGGUCUGACGGGUAGAAUUCCCUCGCGCGUCAAUACCCUUGACGAACAGUGCGAUAGAGCCUAUGAUCAGCUGCGCUCUGUUGACUCCCCCAUACGCAUGAAUUCGUUCUUGCAGAGUCUGAAAGAGCAAAACUGGGUGCUUUACUAUUCCCUGCUAUCUAGACAUCUCAAGGAGUUGACUCCUAUUAUAUAUACCCCUACGGAGGCAGAAGCGAUUGCAAACUACUCCCAUCUUUUUCGUCGUAGCGAGGGCUUGUUUCUCACAUUCUCGGAUCAAGACUCCAUGGAGGAGGAUUUUCUGGAGCAAACCCGCGGCAGAGAAAUUGAGCUGAUAGUCUGCACAGACGCAGAGGCCAUCCUCGGCAUUGGCGAUCAAGGCGUUGGUGGAAUCGGGAUAUCAACUGCAAAAUCUGUGAUAUACACGUUAAUGGUUGGGAUUAACCCGUCGAAAGCGCUCAGUGUGACCCUUGAUGUCGGCACCGAUAACGAAACACUUUUAAACGAUCGUCUCUAUGUUGGAUGGCCUUCGAGAAGAGUCCGAGGUGUCGAGUAUGAUAAAUUCAUCGACAAGUUUGUCCAGUUGAUUCGCAAAUAUCAGCCACACUGCCUGUUGCACUUCGAAGAUUUUGGAGUCACCAAUGCUCAGCGACUCCUUGAGCUAUACCGGAAUGAACAUUCUGUUUUCAAUGAUGAUAUCCAAGGAACUGGCGCAGUUACAUUGGCCGCUUUGAUGGCCGCCGUCGGGGUGACAAAGUCGAAGCUGGCGGAUCAACGCUACGUCAUUUUCGGAGCAGGUUCUGCGGGCCUUGGGAUUACAACACAAGUCCGGGAUGCAAUCAUGCUCGCAGACGGCGUUUCUCGUGAGGAAGCCAACAAGAAGUUCUACCUCGUUGACCGCUUUGGUCUCAUCAAGCAGUCUCUUGGCCCUGAUAAGAUACGCGCUGCACUGCAAGAGUUUGUGCGGCCCGAUGAAGAGUGGGCCGGUGUUCUGACUAAUGACGCGGGAGAGGUUGAGCUUCUGGAGGUUGUCAGGAAAGCACAACCAACAGUUCUGAUAGGAUGUUCGACGAAAGGGGGUGCUUUCACAGAGCGCGUCGUGAAGGCAAUGAAGAAAGGCUGCGAGAGGCCUAUUAUUCUCCCUCUCAGUAACCCUAGCAAGCUGGUGGAAGUGGAUCCGAAGGACGCGAAUGACUGGACAGAAGGGAUGGCUCUGCUGGCCACGGGCAGUCCAUUUCCACCAGCUAAAAUGCCGAAUGGCAAAGACUAUGUCAUCGCUGAAUGCAACAAUGCCCUCAUCUACCCUGGACUUGGAUUUGGUGCUGUGCUAUCGCAAUCCAGGCAGAUGACCGACGGGAUGAUCAUCGCAGGCGCACGACGUCUCGCUGCUCUCUCUCCUGCACUUAAAGACCCAGACAGUGGACUUUUACCCGACUUCCAAGAUGCUCCAGCAGCGAAUUUUGAGGUUGCGAUAGCUGUAGCAGAACAGGCGUUUGAUGAAGGCAUCCAGGGAGUCAGCUGGAGCAAAGAAGAAGUGAGAACUAAGGCAGAAGAAAAACAGUGGAAGCCGGUGUACGGCAGGUAUGAGUAUGAUGAUCAUGGUGCGAAGUAGUGUUGGACCUUGGUCCGUUUCGGAACUUCGAGAAGCAAGACUCAUGUCUAAUUGAAAUUCGGCUGCAAAGAAGGAAGACCCAAACCGCAGCUUUGAUCCUAGAUAAUUGCGCGCUGCGGGGCCCAUCGCAGUGUCGUUACGCGCUGUCUUCAUUAUUGAUAUAAAGCUGCAGGUAUAAUGCUAUCGGAGUCGCGUUGAAUUUGAAGCACCUCCCAACUCC